AGACUUCCUUGAUCACCAGGUUCAUGUAUGACAGCUUUGACAACACCUACCAGGCAACAAUCGGCAUUGACUUCUUAUCGAAAACCAUGUAUUUGGAGGAUCGAACAGUACGGUUGCAAUUAUGGGACACAGCAGGUCAAGAACGGUUCAGGAGCUUGAUUCCUAGCUACAUUCGUGACUCCACUGUUGCAGUUGUUGUUUAUGAUAUCACAAAUGUAAACUCGUUCCAGCAAACCACAAAGUGGAUCGAUGAUGUCAGAACGGAAAGGGGCAGUGAUGUCAUCAUUAUGCUGGUGGGAAAUAAAACAGAUCUAGCAGAUAAGAGACAAGUGUCCAUUGAGGAGGGAGAAAGAAAAGCCAAAGAGCUGAAUGUAAUGUUCAUUGAAACUAGUGCAAAAGCAGGAUACAACGUCAAACAGCUUUUCCGACGCGUGGCAGCUGCCCUGCCUGGAAUGGAAAGCACACAAGACAAAAGUAGAGAAGACAUGAUUGACAUUAAACUGGAAAAGCCUCAAGAGCAGCCUGUCAGUGAAGGAGGCUGUUCCUGCUAAUACCGCGUGGCUCCUGCCUUCCUCAGAACAUCACUGCUUCCCCUCCCUCUACUCUCCAUUGACUGCAGUGUGAAUAUUGGCUUGAACCUUCCCCUUUCAGUAAUAACGUAUUGCAGUUCAUCGUCGCUGGCUGUCUCGUGGAGAUGAUCGAUUAGCUUCACAAGCACACACCCCCCCACAAAGAAAAUUGUCAGUGUCUUCAUUAUUUAUAAGAAAAAAAAAAAAAAAGCCAAAAUAUUCCAGCGUAUUCUAGUUAUAACUUUAAAAGGAAAAAAAAAAAA